AUGCAGCGCUUGAUCUCUGGGUUCUGCGAGCCCCAGACUCUGAACCGCGACGCCCAUCGCAGUAAGUCGGUACCGCGCAGAAGCGGAGGCCUCGCACGCCGGCCGGGGCGCUUUUCGUCCGGUCGGCUUCCCACGCUGCCAUCAAGCGCUCACUGUCGCAAAAGAUCCGUCCCUGCGCGACUCUUUCCCCUUCCGCCGUCAACCGUGACUUCGCUGCGCCCGCAGACGGCUUUACAGCACGACUGGAGAGAGAGUGACAGAGCGCUUUACGACAGUCGCUUUGUGGCAGUGGCUGAGGAGGAAGAUGGCGGCCACCUAGUAUCCGCUGGAGGAGCGGGUUCUGUCCCAGCCUGUCCCGAGGCUAUCGCCCCCGACUGGGAAAGCCGGGAAGUCGCCACAUGGACCACUAUCAUGGCCGUGCAAUUUGAAGGGGGCGUGGUUCUCGGAGCCGACUCCAGAACUACCACUGGGUCCUACAUUGCCAAUCGAGUGACUGACAAGCUGACCCCUAUUCAUGACCGUAUCUUCUGCUGCCGCUCAGGCUCAGCGGCAGAUACCCAGGCAGUAGCUGAUGCUGUCACGUAUCAGCUCGGUUUCCACAGCAUUGAGCUAAAUGAGCCUCCGCUGGUGCACACAGCCGCCAGCCUCUUUAAGGAGAUGUGUUACCGAUACCGGGAAGACUUGAUGGCGGGAAUCAUCAUUGCGGGCUGGGACCCCCAAGAAGGAGGGCAGGUGUACUCGGUGCCCAUGGGGGGCAUGAUGGUAAGACAGUCCUUUGCCAUUGGGGGCUCUGGGAGCUCCUAUAUCUAUGGCUAUGUCGACGCUACCUACCGGGAAGGCAUGACCAAGGAAGAGUGUCUACAAUUCACGGCCAAUGCCCUCGCUUUGGCCAUGGAACGGGACGGCUCCAGCGGAGGCGUGAUCCGCCUGGCGGCCAUCGAGGAGUCAGGGGUGGAGCGGCGGGUACUUUUGGGGGACCAGAUUCCCAAAUUCACCAUCGCCACGUUACCGCCUCCCUGAUUCCUAGAGUUCUAGGAUACAAUAAGAGACACCCCAUAGUGACGUAAAAUUCAAUAAACACUUUGUCAAAAAGAA